CUGCUGCUGCCAAUGCGCCAGGAUAGAGAGAUCUCGGCGCGGGAGGAGAUGACGCAAAAGGCAGAGCUCCCCCCAAAAAAGUGUUUCUCCAGGACGAAGAUGGCGGCAACUUAGCCCAGGGGCCCAAGAUGCCUGUGGCCAUCGGGGGCCCCCAGCCAGGCAGUUCCGCCCCGUGCGCCCGGGGACACCGCGCCCGGCGGCAACAGCGGCGGCAGCCGCAGCCCAUUGUCACCAGCAGCGGCGGCGGCCCCGGCAGCCUCCUCCUCCUCUUCCUCUUCCUCCUCCUCCUCUUCAGCAUCCUCAGCAGCGCUCCGGGAGCCCUGCAGCAGCGUCUCUCCAGUUAGAGCGGAGGGGGGAGAGGAGAAAGAGGAGACGGAGACAGCGGUGCAGGCAUCUGUGCCGCGGCUCGGGGCUGAGGACGAAGAGCAGCGGCGGCGGCAGUGAGGAAGAGGAGGCGAGCAGCCCUCCUAGAGCCGUCCGUCGGCAGCGGGGGACGCGGAAUGCAGCUGUCCAGGGGCAGCGGGCUGUUCUCAGGAGGGAGAUGGGGAGCUGCGAUCUGACCAUGCCCGGGUGAGAGGGGGAAAGGACCAGCCGCGCAGCCCCGCCACCGCCAACUAUCACCACUACCACCACCAUCUCCUCUCCCUCCUCCUCUCUCUGCGUUAUUGCUCUUAUCUUCUCCACGGUACUCCGCGUUGGAUGGACUGGGACUGCUUCGUGUGCUGAGACCAAGGCAGAGCCGCCGGCGACAGCCAACGAUAUCUCAGAGGAAGGGGUACUUGGAUGUGCAGUCGGCAGUACGAUGACGGCUUAAAAAUCUGCUUCGCACCCCGGGAGAACGAGAAACCCUUCACGGAUUCAGAGAGGGCUCAGAAAUGGCGACUGUCCCUGGCAUCGCUCUUGUUUUUCACGGUCCUGCUCUCUGAUCACUUGUGGUUCUGCGCCGAGGCCAAAUUCACGGGGACCGGAGAGAAGGAGCAGCCGCCGCCCGACAAGCCGGAGCCCGCCGAGCCGGAGCUUCUGGCGGCCAUGGGGGAGCCGGCGCCCCCUGCGCCCCGGCUCCUCACCCCCCCCUCGCCCUCCCUCCCGCCCUCCCCCAGCGGCGGCGGCGGCGGCAGCGGCCACGCCAACGGCACCGAGCACCGGCACGGCAAGGCUGCUUUCCUGGGGAACUCCACCGCCGGCCCCCUCGAGACUUGCCCCCCCCCGAGCUCCUCGUCCGGGCAGUGCUUCAGCGUGGGGGACGCGGAGGCCGUUUGCAGGCGGCGGGGGGGGCCGGGGCGGCCGCGGGGCGCGGGGCAGAGCCCGGCGCCCGGCUGGGACCUGACGGAUUUUUACCUUUCCUUUUGUAAUUCCUACACACUUUGGGAGUUGUUCGCCGGGUUGUCCAAUCCGGACACUUUGAACUGCAGUCUGGAUGUGGUGCUGAGGGGGGGCGGCUCCUGCAGCCAGUGCGUCCAGGCUUACCAGCGCUACGACCAGCACGCUCAGGAGAAAUACGAAGAGUUUGAGAUUAUGCUCCAGAAAUAUUUACAGUCGGAUGAGUACUCGGUGAAAUCGUGUCCUGAGGAUUGUAAGACUGUCUACAAAGCCUGGCUCUGUUCCCAGUAUUUUGAAGUCACACAGUUUCACUGCAGCAACAGAAUUCCUUGCAAGCAAUACUGUUUGGAGGUUCAGACGAGGUGUCCCUUUAUAUUACCAGAUAAUGAUGAUGUCAUCUAUGGAGGACUAUCAAGUUUCAUCUGUACAGGGCUCUAUGAAAACUAUCCAACCAAUGCAGAACCAGAAUGCUGUGAUGUCAGAUGGGGACUAUUAUCAGAUCAUCAAUCCAAAGGGACUAUAAAAACAAGUGGCUCAACAAUAUGUCACAGGACAUCACUCACAGUUUCAUCAGCAUCAAGACUGUGUAACAGCAGACUUAAACUGUGUGUUCUCGUAUUAAUUCUCUUACAUACAGUACUUGCAGUCUCAGCAGCACAGAACUCAACGGGACUGGGCUUUGGAGGCAUAACAACUUUGGAAGAUAAUUCAACCAAUGAGGAAUAAAAACAACAACAAAAAAAAUGGAUUCAUCUAUCAUAGAAACACAAGAGGCCCUGUUGACUACAGUCAGAAAUAACAAUGACUGAGUGUUUUACCUUCAGAUCUCUUCUUGAAUGACCAUUUGGUUAAAAAGAAAAGAAUGGGCCACUACCCAAACAAGGACACAAGAACACAGCUUUUUAUUGACUAAAAGGCUGUAUGGUGACUUAAAUUUCUCACACCAUUUUAUACACUGUGUUUUAAUGUUUGGAGUUUCUUUUUUGUUUGUUUUUUGCACUUGUUAAUACAGGAUUUUAUUUUUGGGACAGUUUCUCAAAGCUAAAUUAAGUCUUUUCUCUGUCGAUAUAUUUCUAGUCAUUGUGUGUGUUCAUCUGAUAGUUCUGUCUUUUAUGUCCUGUCAGUUUCUAUUAGAGGAAUGACUGCUAUGAUUCCAUGACAUAGCAACAAAAUAAUAAUAAUAAUAAUAAAAUUAAAUUAAAAAAAAAAAAAGAACAAUGAAAAAAUAAAAAUUAAAAAAAAAAAAGAAAAAAAGACAAAAAAAAAAAGACAAAAAAAAAUCAAACAAACAAACUUAACUGUCCUCUUACCCAUGGAACCAUUCAUCUCCUUUCUCCUCCCCAUCUCCUCUUACAGACAACAUACACUUGCUUCUGUUUGUGUAAUCACAAUGAAUGGGUACACAAUUCCAGUGUGCCUCUGCCACUGUUGCACAAACCAGUUGACUGAGCAAACCCAAAAGGAGCAUGAAGGGGGUUCCUUUUAGCUGAACAGAUAAGUGCUCUCCUUACAAGGUGGGAUCGGACAGUUAAAAGAUGUAAAAAAAAAUAUAUAACAAACUGUUGUUCCAAUACCCAUUUUGAAGAAGUCCAGUCCUUUCUCACUGGUCAGUUGAACAGGAGCAGCCUCUUUUAGACAUGCUAUGUAAAACCAGUUAAGCUCAGUAAGUUGAGUAGUUGGGAAGCCUUCAUAUUGGAGGUGAAGGAUUGGCAUUCAUUGUGAAUUACGUUUUGAGUUUUCCUGCUGUCACAUAACCAGCAGUUUUCCAUAAGGAAUGGGAGUAAAGAGCUUCCAAAAUCCAAGUAUUUUUGUCUCAAAAUUACACUAGAAGCCUUUUGGCAUCUACAUCAUAUAAUAUUUUUUGGUUUUAAUUCCAUAGUUUUUCUAAAAUCUACAUGUUGUUGAAAGUUACUCUAGUUAUUAAGGGUGCACAAGAAUGUGUUAGCACAGAUAAAUAAACUAUUUUGUUUUAUAUAUGUAGGACAACCAUUUUCAUAAAUGUGCAAUAAAACCAUAAAGAUAUACUAGGAUAUGAGUAGUCAAGAGAAAAGAAGAUUGUAAUCUUCUGCUUUUUCAUUGUUUGGGAUGGCUUUUAAUUUGUUUAUUUUUAUUUUGGGGGGAACGUUUCACCUGCUGAGUGUACGAGAGUUUGCUUUUUAAAAAGGCUUUUUAGAGUUUACAGUAGAAUCAAUGGAAGGAAAAGUUAAUAAGGGCUGUUUUUAAAAACUUUACAUUCCUUCCUAUUCUCUAACUACACUUGGGAAGUGCACUUUAGAGAUGUUUGCUGUGUAGCUGGGAGAUGAAGGAAAACUAUAGGAAAUGUUCUCUUAGGAAAUAAAAUAUAGUUAUCUACUUUCUAGCUAUGAAAUACCCCUUGAUAAAUAUUAAUGUUGUAAGAACAUUUAAUCACUGGUGCAUAAUAUGUGUUUUUGUAUACACUUUAUGGUCUGUUAAAUUCUGGAGGGAAAAAAAAAAAAAAAAAAAAAAAAAAAAAAAAAAAAAGGAGAAGAUAACCAUGCUGCUUAAGCGGUUCAAGAUGCACACGUUAAACUGCAAAAGCUCAAAUAUUUUGCAAAAGUAUUUGUUCUGAUAGUGUUUUACUAUAACCUGGACUGAGGAGCCUAAAAUGAUCUGUGCAAAUACAACAAAAAGCACCAGCUAAUGCAAAAUUUUUCAGCACUGGUUUGUUUCUAUAAUUUCUCCUCUUCCUUCCUUCCAUGUGGUAUAUUUUGUUCAAUAAAACAUGGUGCUUUUCAGUUAUUUUAUUUUGUGUUAGAGACAUGUAUUAAUUAUAUGGAAUUGAUGAAAAAAGUGGGAAAAAUACAGAAAUGUAAACAAAAAAGCCUUAACUAAUGGUAGAAUAUAGACUUUUGAAGGAUAGAGAUAUUGAAAAGUGAUGGAGCAAUAACUGGGCAGUGCUCUGGUACUGUAAAACAGCUGAGCCACAUUACUGAGAAAGCUCUUACUAGGUGAGCUCUUGUUCAACUGACCUCUUAAUUCAAGUGUACAUGGUCAGUAAACAGUUUGUUAUAACCUUUAUCUACCUCUGCUGUGCAAAGGCCAUCCAAAUUCCAUUUCUGUGAUGUUCCUCAUAGAUUUUUGUUCACACUAUUAAUCACUAUCAUUUGUUUUUAUACUGUACCAAUACACUAGCAAGUCAGAUUCAUCCCAAGUGAAUUGGCACAUGAAGAAGAGUUAUUAUUUCUGUUUUGCCUCAUGGUGAAUUAAUAUAGAGAGCUAUUUUUAAGGUAUUUUCUUUCCUCUCUCCUGCUCUUCUUCAUCCUUCAUCCUUAUUUUUCUAUAAAAAUAUUUUCAAGUGGUGUCAGUGAAAAAUAUGACUGCUUGGCUACACUCAGUCCUGUGUCAUAGAAUAUGAGAGACAUGAGGAAAAACAGAGACAACAUCAUUACACGAAUAAAGUAGCCAAAUUAAUGUUGGGCAAAAAGAAGCAGGAAGCAAUUGCAGACUUUCAAUUAUUACUUACAAGUUGCAGUAAAUUUCUCCCCUUCCCACCUGGAGUCAGUGCCUGCAGUUCAAUGAUCUGUAUUUUUCUCUGUCAUCUUUUUUGAGGUUUGUUUCUUAAAUUUCUGAAACAAAGAGUCAUGUUGUAGAGAUGACUGCUGCUGGGGCAUAUGUUGCCAUUUUCAUUCCAGCAGUGUGGUAUACAGCUUCUCUUGGUGGCAUCUGGGACAUCAGGAGUAGACCAGGACUCUCCUAUGAAGUUAAGCAACACAUAAUCAUGUAUGAUGCAAAAUUUCAUUCCAUCUAUUCCUCAUUCGUAAUAGUUUUCCUGGCACAAACUUAAGCAUGCUUGAUAUUGUGCAUAUAUUACUUUUUUUUUUUUUUUUUCCAGAAUAAAUUUGCAUCUUGCCACUGCUAUAACUGCCAUCUUGUUCCAUUUCUCCUUGUACUGUAUGCCUAAUACAUACAUGAUAAAAAACUGGCUUAACAAGCAAGUAAUACUGAAAUAUUUCUGCAAAUUAUUGAUGAGAAAAAAAGAAAGAAAAAAAAAGAAUAGUAUUUAUUUUACAAUCAUAUGGAAGAGAGAUAUUUCCCAUGUCUUCUAUUGUCUUAUCUUCUGCAAUAGGGACAAUCCAGAUUUUGUGCAAUAUGUUAAUACUGCUGAGCCAAAUGUCAUAACAUAACCAGAACUAUAUGUUAUUCCUUAUUGCAUUUGCAUUUGGUAAUGCAUUAUAUUGAUGUUUUUCUUUCAUUAAAGAGACAGUAUUUUUUAUUUUUUUUUAUUAAUGGCAGGUGAAGGCUGUCCUGCACACCAUAAUUUAAAAACAUCAUUUCUAUAAAUGAUGAAACCAAGCCAUCAGCUGCCAAAGAAUACGUGGAACAACAUAUACAAACCAAACACAAGCUUUCAAGAAAUUCCUUCUUGAGGGUUAAAAAUAAUCUUAUUUUAAAUUAUUAAAAAAGAAUGAGAGCUGGAUAUCAAAUAGCAGAGCUGGCAGGUUUCAUCUGGUACGUCAUGUGACUCUUAGCUUAUAUAGUUAUACUCUUUUAUUAAAAAGUGAGGGACAAGGACAUUGUCUUCUGCUCUCUUUGUGUUUGUUAUGAUAAUGUCCUUUUUGUGAAUGCUGCCUCCCUGCACAGAAGAUAUCUGCUCAUCAUAAGAGCUGAAGACAGCUUAUGUACAUGCAAACAAGCUUACAGUGAAACCUGUCUUAAGUGACUGCCCGAAGCACAACCAAAUCUCAUCUGCUAAGCAGAGGUAGCUUAAAGGAAAAUGAAACCCAUAUACCUUAGGGAAUUUCAAGAUACAUUUGAUGAGCCACCUAAGGAAGAUAACUCUGAGGGGGCCUGGUCCUUACUGCAGCUUUCACUGUACAUCUCCUUAGUACUAUGGCCCUGCAAUGAGCUUUGUGUGGGCAGGCUUAGAGCUGGGCUCAAUUAUGCCCAGCCUUGCUACAGGUACAGUGGGCCUUGCUAAAGGUACAAGCAUGCAUCUACAAAAAGUUCACUGUAGCAUAUAGGUCUACAUUUGGUGUCCCAUAGUCUUUACUCAGGAAUUGCUCAUGGGCAUAGUGCACGAACAAAGGAUCACUGGGUUCAACCUUAGUAAAAUUAGUCUUGACUAGAGACUGGCAAUGAUACAUUGUGAAUGGUUCUGGUUUAUUAUUGUUGUCUACUGUUUUAUUAGUUUGGAGAAAGAGGGUUUCAAAAUUUUGUUAGGAGCACAGAGGACAAGCUAGCAGAAAUCUUAUCAAUGCUGAAAUUAAAUUAAAUAGCCUUUCUGUUGUAACGAGAGGCUCCGUUGUCUGAGUAGCUGUCAGGAAACAGCAUUACGCUAGAAAAAUUUGGAAAAAUAUGUUCAUCUCUGACUAUGAUAGUUUUCAUAAAAAUUAGAUUUUUGGAUGGAGAAUAGGACUUGAACACAUAUAAUCUCAACUGAAGGAUUUAAUUUGCCAACAUAUUCUGCAACAACUCUGAG